UACGUUUGUGAGUACGUAGCCAUAAAGCGAGACAACUUUGUUUCCUCGUUACCUCGAAAGCCUGUCGCUGGUCCUGUGCGUGGUUUCACAUCAGCGGAGUUUUAAAACGCAGCUACGCCAAGAUGGUGGCAAAGCAGAGAAUCCGCAUGGCCAACGAGAAGCACAGCAAAAACAUCACGCAGCGAGGCAACGUCAAAUCAACGAAAAAUAACACGGAUGACAAAGUCUCAGUGGGACCAUGGCUCCUGGCGCUCUUUAUCUUUGUCGUGUGUGGGUCAGCCAUAUUCCAGAUCAUCCAGAGCAUCCGAAUGGGAAUGUAACAGCAAGCACGGAUGCACCGCACAGCGACCACUCGCCAUUCCUACCUUCUACUUCCUGCUCCUUCGCAAUAAAGGAAUUUCUCUCAGCACCUUCGGUUUAAUUUAAGCGAUUUCUUCUGCCAGAGGUGCAUCGGCAUGCGAUUCCUCUUCCUGUGCCUUAUUACCACGAGGAAAUUUCAUCGAGCAAUUAACUGCCGUCCGCUACGCUUCGUUCUUUCAAUGCAAGCUAUGAUGUGACUCGUCUUAAUUUCUUACAUUCCUCCGGAGUAUGUGGUAAUUUUUAUCUCUAAAUGAAGGCGCUUGAUGUAUCCUGAUAUCUUUAUUUUAAUACCUAAUUGACCAAAUAGUGGGAAAUUUGCACAAGGUGAAGGAGAUAAAAGCCGGGAACCAAUGGAAGCAUGGAAACCAAUCAAAAGAUGGAAAGCUAAACCCUCUUCUUUUGACCACUAAUGUAAUUUUCUUUCAUUCCUUUAUGAUUUUGUGAUUCUAACAGUAUUUCCGAUGGCUGCCUCUGUGUGUUUCAGUUCUGAUUAGCGCCAGAGUUUAGGGCUACGUAUGGGCUUCGUCUCAUUUACAGUUCUCAGGCACAUACUGCUCUUUGGCAUACCCCAUAGUGACCUAGAAAUUGUGCUUAUUGUCUCAGACUUAAUGGAAGCUUUGAAUAGAUCAUGGGGUGAAACUGAAAUAAAAUGUCAUUGAGA